AUGUUGAAGCCAUGCUAGAAGCUCCUUUCCAGAAGGGCAAAGAAUCUUCUGAACAUAAUGGAAAAAAUGAAAAAGAUCAUAAAUUAGAGUUAAAAAACGAUGAAAGACGUCGUCACAGAAGUUCUUCACGUACUUCAAGUCAUCGUCAUAGAUCACAUUCUAGAUCUCGUCGCUCACAUAGAUCAAGAUCAAGAGAUAAACAUAGACGACGAAGAAGUAGAUCUAAAUCUCGUGAAAAAAGAAAAAGAAGCCGAACAAAAUCUAGAGAUAGGGAAACUAGAAGAAGUCGUUCACGUAGAAGAAGUCGUAGUGGUAGUAGAUAUAGUGACCGAGAUCGUAGAAGAAGAUCACCUACACCUCCUUUAGAUGAAGAAGAACGUGAUAAACGCACAGUAUUUGUUAUGCAAUUAGCAGCACGACUUAGAACUAGAGAACUUGCAGAUUUUUUUGCAGAGGCCGGAAAAGUUCGAGAUGCUAAAAUAAUCGCUGAUAGAAUAUCUAGGAGAUCAAAAGGUGUUGGGUAUGUUGAAUUUUAUGAUGAAGAAUCUGUCCCAAAAGCUUUAGCUAUGACAAAUAAAAGACUUUUAGGCAUCCCAGUAAUAGUACAGCUUACAGAAGCAGAAAAAAAUCGACAAGCAAGAUUAGCAGAGCAAGCUGCUUCACAUGCAACUGAUAUUGCAUAUCAUAGAUUAUAUGUAGGGUCAGUUCAUUUUAAUCUGACUGAAGAUGAUUUAAGACAAGUUUUUGAACCAUUUGGUCCAUUAGAAUUUGUUAAUCUUCAUAAAGAUCCCGAGACUGGUCGAUCUAGAGGCUUUGCUUUUAUUCAGUACAAGAAUGCUGAAGAUGCUAGACAAGCUUUAGAGAAAAUGAACGGCUUUGAAUUGGCUGGAAGGACUAUCAAAGUAGGUCUUGUCACUGACAAAAGCAAUGGAAUGAAUCUAAAUCUUGAUGAUGGUGCACUAAACCCACAAUCUCGAGUAGAAUUAAUGCAAAAAUUAGCUCGUGAUACAGAUUUAAUUGCACCUGCAUCUGCUCCUACACAAUCAGAACCAGAAACUGAAUCAAAUUGGGCAGAAGAAUUGGAAGAGGAUGUGAAAAGCGAAUGCUUAAAAUAUGGAAAUGUUGUUCAUAUUGGAAUUGAUAAAGAAUCAGAUGGAGAUGUUUACAUGAAAUUUGAUACUGUUGAAUCUGCUCAAAAAGCAUUAAAUGGUUUAAAUGGUCGAUGGUUUGCUACAACAACUGAAACUGAAAAAGGAGAAUUUGUACUUGAAAAAGGAACACAAAUGGUUUUUCCUUUCCAGAACACUUCAAAUAUUCUUGCUCAGGGUGCUGCUGGAAGAUUUGAGUGCAGAAAAAGGAAAGAUGAUGAUGAAGCUAGGUUACAAGAAUACUUUAUCAGUCAAUGUCAAGCACUUAGAGAACUAGAGUCCAUACAUUUUGAUGUUUAUGAUACAAGUGAGACACCAUUAUUGGCAACAAGAAAACCAGUUUUUGUUAUUGUUCAUGAAGAUUGUGCUCUUGAUGCCUUGAAUGUUAUUGUUGUUGGAGAGAUCAGGAAGCGUAAAGGAGCCAAUUUCAGUAAAGCAGAUAUUGGCCACUGUAUUUCUUUUGGUGAAAAGGCUCUCCAGUUGCAGCCACAAAGAACAUUCAUAUAUGCCUUAUUGACUGAUUGUAAUCUCCUUGUUAUUUUCAAAAUCACCCGGUAUAAUCAAAAUUUCCAAUAUUCAUAUACUCCACUAAUGGAUCUGAAAUAUGAUUCUGAUUAUCCACCAAUAGGUUGGAAGUGCUUAGUCAAUCUAAUGGAACAGUCAGUAAUGACAUUAGGAUGGGUAGAAUCAGAGCUUGUUAUCAGGGAAAGUCAUAUACAACUAAAAAAAAUUAUUGGUGUUGGUCGAACCAGUGUGGUUUAUUCAGCAAAAAACAGUGGAAACCAAGAGGUGGCUGUAAAACUCAUAAAAAAUAAUAUCUAUGAAAAUUGUUUUUCAAAUGAGAUUGAAAUCCUCACCAAAUUUUCACAACUGAAGUCCCCCCAUCUUCCACAGCUUUUACUUGCUGAUAGAAAUAUUAUUGUUAUGAAACCUGUUUGUGAGAAAAUCACUAAUUUAGAGAAAAAAGAUAUAAAAGCAAUAAUUGAUACAUUACAAAUUGUUCACCAACAGAUAGGAAUUAUCCAUCGGGAUUUGCGAAAAUAUAAUCUGCUUCGUGAUGAUUCUGGUAACAUAAUUAUAAGUGAUUGGGGCUUCUCUGUGAAGAAUGGAGAAAAGGCAAGAUUUGCAGGUGCAUUGGAAUGUGCUGGAGAUGACUUACUUAGUAAUAUUAUGAAUGGUCAGCAUCUUAUUCACUAUAAAUUUCACAUGGACUUGUUAUGCUUUGUCAGAACCAUCUUUCUUAUGAUUCAUCAACCUAGGAUUGAUAGACUUCCAUUCUCUGUAAACAAAGAUAUUGAAGAUGAAGCACAUAAAAUGCAUAUAUUCUGGUCGCAAAAUGGUAUUUCAGAUUUUUGGGAAAAUAUAAAGGAAUGUGCAAUGAAUUUGAAGUAUAAAGAUCUUCAAUUUGAAUUAGAAAGACUAUUUUAA